AAUUGACCAUCACUGUAUUUUGGGUGGUCCGAAGCAUUUCGGCCAAAGUGAAGUCAUAGCCUACUGAUACAGAUACGAGAGAAUAAAGGUGGAAGAAUAUACAUUUUCAGUCAUUUUCAGUAUCAAUAUUUUAUCAAUAUCCGUGCGACCUGUUUCCGCGCGCGCGACAGUCAAACACAGACAACCGCGAAAAUCUUCGACAUUAAAGAACGCUAGAACUUAGUGCUACAUUUGUGUUCUAGAACACAAUUUAAUAACAUUGGGGGCUCGAGGUUUUGUUAACAUUUCUUCCGACACUGCCUCAACAUGAGCACAAGACCAAGGACACAAGCUGCCUUCAUCCAGGGAAACCAGAGCACAAUGGAACAAGAUGCCUCCCACUCAGCACUCUUCUACCUUUUCCAAGAAGUUUCCAAGCUAGCAUCCCCCAUCCACAGCAGUUUCCUGGACACAAAUUCACCCUCCACAUGGCUAAAUGAGACUUCUAUGCAAGGUCCUUUCAUAGUUAAAAAAGAGGAAGAGGAUGCACAUUCGUUUCAAAUCUCUAAUAGUUCCUGCCAGCACAGUUUGUCUUGUAUGUCACCUUAUAAUCAGAUGAAAGUGAAGGAGGAAAGUUACAGCAGCAAGGUCACAACUUUGGUUGAGCCACAUCCUGAACGCAACAGCCCCUGGAAAGUACUGAGUAUGAUCAACCUGCAGUGUGAGAGGCUCCUGCAUCACAGUGAUGCAGAGGAGUCAGACCCAAGUUCAGUAUCAUCUACCACAAAAUUAGGCCAUUUAAUAGACAAAGCAUCAUCUGUAACAGACCAGGGAGUUGGAGGUGACUGUGUAAGUGUCAAAUGCACUUUGAGACCAUCUUUUUUUAUCUACGAGAGACAAGAAAUCCCAGCCUGUGUCAGUCCUGUGGGAGAUGUGAGAGGGGACUGCAGUGGAACAGCCAGUAAUUAUAAACCACAGUGCUGUGUGAAAGACUCCAAGGUGGGCUGUUGUGUUCAGUCACAGACUGCUGAAAAAGUAGACACUGUUGGACCAGAGCUGGUGGAGGAAAGUGCAACAGCAUCUGCUCAACCUCAACACAGAGACAAAAGGGAGGACACGUUCAGUGUUAACAGACAAUUUGAGUGGAACCAGGAUUGUAAGGAUUGUUUCUCCACUGAACAGGAUAUUUUGAAUGUACCCGUCUCUGAAAAUGCUUUGUCACAAACUCAAAUCCCCAAUGCAUCCCCUAAUACCAAGCUAACUUUUAAUUCAAAUGAAGAUGCAAGUGUAGCUCUGUCAAAGCCAGCACUAACACUAGACCACAAUGCAAACCUUGCUUUGACUACAGAGCCCCCAUAUGACACCCAGCUUCCACCUGUGAGUUCCAUCCUGCCUUCUUCACAAUCUGCAUCACCCUUAUUUAGCACUACAGGGAAGUGUCACUCAACCUCAAAACAAGAUGACAAAAUUACGACAUUUAAACCAGAAUGUACACAUGCUCCCAUAGAGGAAAAAUCCCCUCCAGUAGCACAACUGAAAUCCUCAAGCUACAACGGAGAAACAAACACUGCACCUUCUGCAACAUCAAAACCAGAACCCAGGACAGUGCAAAAGGAGGAAAUUGUUCAUCCGUCUACCCAGCAAUGGAGAACCAAGACUCCUAGAAAACAACCUUGUCCCAGCCGGAGUGCUGAUAUCCAAGACCCUAACUUCCAGGGAGUGACAUUCAGGAUUGACACGGAGCUGGACGACAGUAGGGAACAGUGUCGGCUCCUCAUAACUUCAAAGUACAGCAAGGAGCUCUGCAAAAGUGUAAGAAAACCGAGGCCGAGGGCACGGACAUCUCAGAAAGUCCUUAAAACUAGUAGCUCGGAUGAGGAGAGUGACCCGACGACCAGUGUUUCCAAGGGUAAAGUCUGUGCAUCAUGCUGCACCAGGAAGACCCCCAUGUGGAGGGAUGCAGAGGACGGGACCCCUCUCUGUAAUGCUUGUGGAAUAAGGUAUAAGAAGUACAGAGUGCGCUGCAUCAACUGCUGGCAUAUCCCCAGGAAAGAGGGCAACUCCAACUCAUGCUGCCUCAAGUGUGGAAACUUUGUGAGGCUGACCUCAGCUCAGCGGAAACACACCACCUAGGGAACAUACACAGAGCAAAAGGUUUUUAUGUCCACAUGUGACGAAGCUCUUCACACACUCUUGCACACAACAGUUAAAAACUACACUCUACUUAGUCUUCUACAAUUCACUACAGAUGUGAAUGCAAACAUGGAGGAGCAGCUUCUCACAUCUUACUUGACUCAGAGUAUUUAAAUUAGUCUCGCUGCUAUAAUGUCGUACCUCAGGCAGCAGCACUAAUUCCCUUGAUGCUGUAUACACCAGGGAAAAACAAACAGGUUAAAAAAAACCUAGAUAGAAAAAAAACCUUGUAUAACUCUUAAAAACACUUCAAUCUUUACUACACUGAUCCUAUUUGUGCUACCUGCUAACCUGUAUGUAGCAUGUGACAGAUCUUAUAUAGUUGAUGGGUUUGUUUUCCUCUAUCUACACAAAGAGGAAUAUAUUGAUGAAGCAUAGUUUGUAGCAGAGCUGAGAAUCAUUUGCACACAUUGAUGGCAUACUGAAGGGCUACUAUAAGAAGUAGACACAUUCAGUGAGUUUAGUCAUAAUUGUUGACAUUUUCCCUCUAAAUAGCCUCAGUGUUGCUUGUGUAUAAUGGUCUGCAGUGCCAGAUGGCUGCAAUAGAAAGUUAUUUCUGUACAGGACCAAAAAACAGCAACCUGAGCUCAGUGCUGUGUUCACGGUUAUUAACUGCAAAACAAUUUACUUCUCUUGACCUUGACAGCAAGAAUGUCUGCUAAGUUCAGUAGAUACACAUUUAGUUGCACAAGUUCAAUUCAGUUAUUUAUUGUGUUGUCUUUGUCAUUGUUUCAAAUUAUGGUUGUUUUUGGGGGGAUUGUUUCUUUUUUUGUUGUUAUUUUGGUUGUUGGUUUAACUGGUUUAAUUUCCUUAGCAUGGCUGUUUUUCUGAGGAGAAGAAGAGGGGAAAAAAGACUUUUGUGUGAGCUUGCAUGGUUUUGGUCUGUAUUAAAUUCAGUAUGAAACAUC